UCUAUGACUGUAUCACUCUAUGACUCUAUGUGAUAGGUAACAGUAUUACAACAUCUGAGCCACUCUGCAAGCUUGUUAAAAAUGGAAAAAUAUUUGUACAAGUGCCAGUUAUUAAUUACGCAUUGUUUGAUAUCCUCAGGGCCUGGUUUACAGUGUUUAUGAUGUGAGAUAUUUUGUUAAUGGGCUGGUGGCAGACAAAUGGACCACAACUGACUCGAGUUUGGAGUGAAGAUCAACGGAAGAUUAUACAGUCUAGAGUUGGGAUAUAAAAGAAAAGAUUUCCUGCGAGAAUACUUGAAAGCCAGGGGACUUAUGGCUGAAGAAAACUAAACCAUGGAGUGAAUUGAUGAAUGUCCACCAUGAGAAUUGUCAUGUCCACUAUUGGAGCAAAUAGGAAGCAAAUCAAAUUCCAUGUUCAAAGUCCAAAUCCUAUUUUAACAGAAAGCAGUUUUUGGCAAUGUCAAGGGACAAAACUAGAGAAGGCAGACACGGAGUCUGUGUUUAACUUCCACACUAUUUAUCCUUCAAACUUCCUUCCAAUGGCUUUAUGAUGUCACUUUGUUGAUUGUGAUGCCCGAGUAGGCCAAUUGUGAUUCCUUUGACUGGUUUUACUCUUAAGAGAGUUUUGCUAUUAACCAUCAUCAGGAAGUUGUAAUGAAUAUCAUGUAAUUAAUCUGCCAAAUGCUAUUUUCCUAGUGACGUGUGCCAACAGUUUUAAGUUUCAUUGAGUUUUGUCACUUUGAUAAGUGACUUCAUUAUAAUGUCCAUAUGAACAUAUGGGGUGUGACUAUCGACAAUGAGAAUGACAUCCCUCGUCUUAUCGAUUCUUCUCUUCAUUUCCUGUGAAUGGGGUGCAUUAAGUUUCCACAAGUCCAGGUACCUCCGUAUUUUACGGCAGAAACACCAUUUUCAGGGAACUGAGCAAUGGUUUGUCCAGAGGCUGGAUCAUUUCAAUGCCGCUGAUCAGAGGGUAUGGAAACAGAGAUUUUACAUCAAUGAUACAUUUUAUCAGCCUGGCGGUCCUGUGUUUCUGAUGAUAGGUGGAGAGGGCACAGCAAACCCAGCCUGGAUGGACCACGGUGCCUGGAUUACCUUUGCUGAAAAAUUGGGAGCUAUGUGUCUUCUAAUAGAGCACCGGUUUUAUGGAAAAAGCCAGCCGACAACAGACUUAAGCACAUCAAAUCUUCAGUACCUCCGCAGUGACCAGGCCCUUGCCGACCUCGCCCACUUUCGAGCAGUGGUCGAUGUCAAAAUGAACCUUACGCACAACAAAUGGGUAGCAUUUGGAGGUUCCUAUCCCGGAUCCCUGGCCGCAUGGUUUAGAGUAAAAUACCCACACCUUGUCUACGCUGCUGUCGCAUCCAGUGCACCAGUGCAAACAGUUAUCAACUUUUCAGAGUAUUUGGAAGUGGUUAAUUAUUCCUUGGAAAGUUAUAGUACUUCAUGCCCUCUACUGGUGAAGGAUGCCUCUGAUACACUGGUCGAAUUGUUGCCAAAUACUAACACGUACAGCCAGAUCACACUAGAUUUUCAGUUAUGUGAACCACUUGAAAUAAAAUCCAAAAUGGAUUCUGCAUAUUUAUUGGAGACUCUAGCGGGGAAUUUCAUGGAUGUGGUCCAAUAUAAUAAGGACAACAGAGUGUUUGAGGACCCAAAAGGUACCAACAUCACAGUUGAGGUGGUCUGUACUAUAAUGGAGAACUCAUCACUGGGCAUACCUUACAAGAGAUAUGCCAAAGUCUCGCAGCUCCUACUGGAUACGUAUGAAGAAAAAUGUCUGGAUGCAAGUUACAGCAAGUUCUUAUCUGACAUGUUGAACACGUCCUGGUCUGCUCCAGCAGCAGACGGAAGCAGACAAUGGGCCUAUCAGUCAUGUACAGAGUUUGGCUAUUAUCAAUCAACUGAGUCACUCCGCCAGCCCUUUUCUGGCUUUCCCCUCAGUUACAAACUUCAACAAUGCAUAGAUUUAUUUGGCCCUCCAUUUAAUCCAGUUGUACUUGCUGAUGCUGUACAGCACACUAAUGAAAACUAUGGAGGUCAUAACAUUAAAGGAAAUCGGAUAAUGUUCCCAAAUGGCUCGAAUGAUCCAUGGCAUAUACUAGGCGUUACCAAAGGUCAUAAAGCUAUUUACAUUCAAGGUACAGCGCACUGUGCUGACAUGUACCCAGAGCAACAAAGUGACGUACCACAGCUCCGAGAAGCAAGAGAAGAGAUUUUUCAGCGGCUUAAAAGCUGGGUUAAACAAUAAAGGCUUUCAGCAAUAUCAGAAUGAAACACCCGGGAAUUAGCUGUAUUUGUACUAUUCUCCUCGAUGUGGCCUUAUAGAAUAUCAGGAACAAAUACACACUACCUUUAUUCUCUUCCAGUCUUUCUUAAUGCUAUGACUUUCUGUAUAAACUGUAUUAUUAAAAUGUUUUUCAGAAUAUAGAGUAUCUUCUAAUGUAGAUUUGUGAUUUAGUCAGCAGAAUGAAUUUUAAACUAUAUAUACUAAAUUCUACAUAGUAUGUGAUUUAUGCAUAUUUAAGCCUUAGGAUGGUGGAGUAAAUAUGCAUAUUUUUAGAAUCACACGACACACUGGAUUACGAACAGCCAAUUUACAGACACCUCUACAUGCAAAUGAGCUCUGACAAUAUUAUUACAUUUGAAAGUCCGACAUACAUACUUAGUUGUUCCUCAGAAGGCAGAACUACUUUACUCUCUCUCUCCACUUUUAGUAACGUUAGCCCCUGUCCCACUUAGGAAACCUGAACGGAAACCUCUGGAGACUUUGCGCCCCACCCAAGGUUUCUGUGUGGUACCCAGAGGUUGCAGGUGGUUGCCGCGUGGUUGCAGGUCGUGGAAGCAGGUAGGGAGACUGACAAAAACCUCCGGAAACCUUGGGUGGGGCACAAAGUCUCCCGAGGUUUCGGUUCAGGUUUCCUAAGUGAGACAGAGACAUUAUUCUUUCUUAUCUAACAUGUUCUAAUGAAGCAAUGUCUUUCAAUGUUUUUGGUUACUAUAACAAGUGAUUUUUGUACAAAAUUGUGAAAAAAUGGAUAGACACAAAGUCUAUCUGGAGUAACUCAGAAGGUCAGGCAGCAUCUCUGGUGACGUUUCGGGUCGAGACCCUCCUUCAGACUGAUUGUAGUGCAGGGGGUGGGGGGGAGAAGACUAGAAGCAAGAAAAUACCAGGACAAAUCAAGGUCAGCAACAGAUGACCUCAGGCAGGGUGGUUUACUGAUAGGCCAAUUGUUGGCUUGGAAAGGCGAGUUCCCAAGAGGGAUACAUGUGGAAAAGUGGAACCUACUGUAUAUUACUAUAAAAGUGGAAUCUAGCCUGCAAAAUAUCAUUUAGACCUUUUUUUAAAGCGAAUGUGAGAUUGAAUUUCUCUGAUGAUUCUGACAUAAAAAGUAAUGGGUAGUUGAGAAGUUGUUUUUGAGUCUGCACAUAUUGGUUUAUUUUAAGUAAUUUGAGUCUUAUUAUUUGAAGGCACUGUUAAUUUACUACAAAUAAUAUGUUUGGUUGGCUGUACAUUCUGUGGAGCUCAUCAAGUGGCAAUGUGAUAGUCUUUCAGAUGUUAUGGAAUUUUGAGCACUUAGGUGCUGUUUUUACUUCUUUCAUGUAUCAGAUGUAGGGAACAUAGGCAGAAGACUGAUAGUCCAAGCAGUUUCAGAUUUAGCACAAACACGUUAUUAGUCACAUUCCCAUCUUCCAUCUUGUGCACACCCCAUGUAAGAUUU